AGUCGGGCCGACUUUGAACGCAGACGCGGCUGGACGCGGUCGGUAAGCCUGUCCGUGUAAGCGCUGCAGGGUGGGCUGGUGUGUCGUGUCGUGUCGUGUCGUGUUUCAGAGCCUGUGAGGAACGCGAGGUGUUUCCACGUGGAGGAGCCGCAGGUCCGCGCCGAUGGAGGAGCUGCCAGCAGAGCUCAGAGACUUUCUCCGCAGCCAGCCUUUCCUGCAGCUCACCGAGGACAAGAAGAUCAAGUGCACACUGAAUGGCCACGAGUUCCCCUGCAACCUUGCAGAGCUGCAGAAAUUCACAUCUGGGAAUAAGUUCAAGAAACUGUGUGCCGGCUCGGAGUUCAAUUACAGCCAGUAUGAACCACAUCUAGUCCCGAGCACGAAAGAACCAAAUCGCCUUUUUUGCAAGCUGACCCUGAGACACAUCAAUCGCGUGCCUCACCAUGUCCUCCGGCAUGUCAAUGGAAAGCGAUUCAAGAAAGCUGUGGCACAAUAUGAGGAGUGUGUGAAACAAGGUGUGAAGUUUGUUCCAGCCAGGCUCAGGCAGAGAAAGCAACCCAAAGACACAGAUGAUGGCGUGGAGAGUUCAAAUGAAAGACGCAAGCAGAAGCAAAAGCAGGACAGCGGCGUCUGGGCCCCCAGCUCCAGCGGAGAGGAGGACGGCGACACGGACGACAGCAUGUCGGACCUCUAUCCACCCUCUAUGUUCACUUUAAAAAAGUCAGAGGAACAAGAAGGAAUGGAGGAAGACGACGACGAUGACGACGACUUCCAAACAGAUGAGGACGAUAUGGAGGUCACGGAAAUGGAAGAGGAAAAACAAGCAUCAGAGAAACGCAGAAAGGUCCAGUCUGCCAGUUUCAGCAAGAAAUUGAAGAAGAACAGAAAAAGAAAAUGUUUUAAGCCUGUUUGCCAAGUAAAAAACGGAAAAUAAACGUUGAUGUGUGCAUUAA